AUAACCGCGCAUUGGAUGAACUGGAAUCAUUUGUUGCAGCUUGCCUCAGAGUCACCACCCAUUUCUCCUGCUUCCUCCUCUUCAAAGAAUAUUGCUGCCAAAGCCCAUACUCCUGUAGCCUUCAAACAGCCUUUAAAGCAAGGAAGCAGGUUAAUGGAGAAUUUCUUGAUCAGAGAAACUAGUGGUUCUACAUCAGAAUUGAUAAAUGAGAAUGAAAGCAAAGUCAACCCUCAAAAGGAGGUGAGCAGUUCUGCAAAGACCAAAGAGACACCUUCUUUAGAAAGGACAGCUUCAUGUAUCGCGGGUGCUAAUGUUCCUGAGGCACCCUCUACAUCGACUUUGAAACAAGUUACUAAAGGUAUUCUAGAAGAUCACAUCAAUAAGCACUUGGACAGCUGUUUAUCCCGUGAAGAGAAAAAGGAGAGCCUCAGAAGUUCUGGUCACAAAAGGAAGCCGCUGCCCAAAACUGUAUAUAAUUUGCUAUCAGAUCGUGAUUUAAAGAAAAAGCUAAAACAGCAUGGAUUAUCUAUUCAAGGAAAUAAACAACAGCUCAUUAAAAGGCACCAAGAAUUUGUUCACAUGUAUAAUGCCCAGUGUGAUGCUUUGCAUCCUAAAUCAGCUGCUGAAAUAGUUCAAGAACUUGAAAAUAUGGAGAAGACUAGGAUGCGUCUUGAAGCUAGUAAACUCAGUGAAAGAGUAAUGGUUUUUACGAAGGACCAAACAGAAAAGGAAAUAGAUGAAAUCCACAGUAAAUACCGUAAAAAACAUCAGAAUGAAUUUCAGCUUCUGGUGGAUCAGGCCAAAAAAGGAUACAAGAAAACUGUUGAAAUGUCAAAAAAGGAUACAAGAAAAUUGUUGAAAUGUCAAAAAGAAGAUGAAUCUACAAAAAUGCUGUUCCCUGUAUGCCUGGAACAGGAAGAUAAUAAAAUGAAAUUACCAGAUAUACCCUCAGUAAUAAACCACUUCCCUCAGCCAAAGCUGGACUCCCCAGGGAUAUGCGAGCCCGAUGGACCUGAUGAUUCUUCCAGCUGUACUGAUAUUCAAGAAGAUGCUCUUUCUUCAUCCGAAUCAGAUUCAUUCAAUAGUUCCAGUUCGGACAUCAUAAGAGAUAUUCUUGAAGAAGAGGAAGCCUGGGAAGCAUCACAUAAAAACGAUCUUCAAGACACAGAAGCAAGUCCAACACAGAAUCGUCGGACAAGACCAGAAAGUGCUGAGAUGGAGCCGAGAAAUAAGAGGAAUAGAAACUAGUGUGGCUUUGGCGACUUUCCCAGGGCAGU